ACUUCUGGUGGCAGGUGGCACGGUGCUGAAGAUCUGUGACUUUGGAACAGCUUGUGACAUUCAAACCCACAUGACCAACAACAAAGGAAGCGCUGCUUGGAUGGCUCCAGAGGUAUUUGAAGGUAGCAAUUACAGUGAGAAGUGUGAUGUUUUCAGCUGGGGAAUCAUUCUCUGGGAAGUGAUUACUCGUAGAAAGCCAUUUGAUGAAAUUGGAGGACCGGCAUUUCGCAUUAUGUGGGCUGUGCACAAUGGAACAAGACCUCCACUGAUCAACAAUUUGCCCAAACCCAUUGAGAGCCUGAUGACUCGCUGCUGGUCUAAAGACCCCUCUCAGAGGCCUUCUAUGGAGGAGAUAUUAAAGAUAAUGUCUCAUCUAAUGAAGUAUUUCCCAGGAUCUGAUGAGCCUCUGCAAUAUCCAUACCAGUAUUCAGACGAGGGACAGAGCAACUCUGCAACCAGUACAGUUUCAUAUGCAGAUUAUACUGGCACCAGCACAAGCAGCAGAAGUGAUGGAAAUAUGGAACACAGUGGUGAUUCUCAAGGAAGCAAUGACACUAUCAAGAUGACAUCUCACUUUGCACCUCAUUUUAAAUCAAAGGGAGACCCUUUCAGAUCUCUGCCUUUGUCCAGAGGGGGCAGUGUUGAAAGCCUGCCAACUCGAACUCAGUGCUUGGCAUCCUCAGACAGCAAAAGAAUGAGCACUGACCUAUCAGAGCUGGAGCCCAAAAUGUCGUUUGCACCUGCAGCCACAUGUGAGGCUCAGAGACGUCGGUCUGUGCAGGAUCUGCCCGCCAUUGGCACAGAGUCCAACCAGGGUAGCAGGAACUCGAGCCGGUCCUCUAGUCCAAGUGUGAGGAUGAUGCCUCCUGACAAAACAAGUAGCAGAGGCUUCUUCUCCCCUGAUGAACCCACAGAUACCAACAGUUCAGAUAACUCCAUUCCUAUGGCUUAUCUCACUUUGGAUCACCAGCUUCAGCCUCUAGCUCCCUGCCCAAACUCCAAAGAGUCCAUGGCUGUGUUUGAGCAGCACUGCAAGAUGGCCCAAGAAUACCUGAAAGUGCAAACCGAGAUUGCCCUGCUAAACCAGAGGAAGAAGGAGCUUAUCGCUGAACUGGACCAAGAUGAGAAGGACCAGCAGAACACUUCACGUCUUGUGCAGGAGCACAAAAAAUUGCUGGAGGAGAACAAAAGUCUGUCCACAUACUACCAGAAAUGCAAAAAACAGCUGGAACUGAUCCGAGUGCAGCAACAGAAGAGACAGGGCACAUCCUGAGGAGACCUCACCGUCCUCCUUGUUCCUACGCUGCAACACAUAAUUCAUUCAGUUCAAUCAGGAAGCAUCUGUUUUUAAACACACAGACUUGCAACAGUGUUUCCCCUAGGUCACUUACCUUGGCAGGGUGCUCAUCUCCGUGAGUUUUGUCGAUGUGGGAGUGGGGUGGAGACGGAGACAGAUAUGUCUGUGUUGCGUGCUGUUUGUGCCAACAGUUGUGGACCAGGGGGUCUGAAGGAAAUCGCUCAGCGCUACCUCUGUAGCUUUUUAGCUACUGUGUCUGUAAUGGGCGCCACUAGCUUAGCGUUACGGCAGUGCCGUCAGUUGUCGGGGUAGGGGGACAGUUCAGUAGGCAGGGUGCUCAGUUCUGUUGACAGGGCGGGGCACCCUCCUUGGACAAUGGUAGGGGAAACUCUGUUGCAUGUUGUACUGUAAAGUAGACAUCUGAUCUCCAUACAUACAUCUCCUGAAGAACACAGUCCCAUCAUUCCCAUCCUGCUGAGCCCAAACCCAUCACUACGCUUCACCACAGACCAGGAUGGGUGCUGUCUGCUGAAAAUGAUGGUGGCUAAUGAACACAGCAAGCUCCUUUCUUUGUGCUUCCAGGUUUCAGUGACUGACGCCCUUUAAUGUGAAAACCGAGAAGGUCUUCCAACGAAACAUGCAAGUUUAUCUACAGCUUCCCCAAA